UCCUCGUAUUCAAUCUAAAAUGUCCGAAAACCUAACCAAAGGCAUUAGCAGCAGCAGCAGUAGCUUAGGGAGCCAUCGAAGCAAAAGCUAACAGACUUUUGUCCCAUUUUUUGUAUUAAGGCUGAAUGGGUGUUAAGCUGUUAAACGUUUAGCUGGGGCAAGGAAGGCUGCGACAGCGUUGGAGGCGAAGGCAACGGCCAACAGCACGGAGAGCGUGACCCCCACUCAGUAGGCCACUACAUUUGCCAUGGUAAUGCAGUCAUUUUUUUGGGGUUCACGGUGUCAGACGGCAAGACAAGAGCCAACACUCACUCGGUCGGUCGGUCGAAUGGCUGGUGGUCCGUUGGCAUUUUUUUUACACUCAGUGAAAUGUUAAAAAUAGUUAAAGGAAGAACUCUUUUAUACACACAUACACGCGUGUUUUAACCGUAACAGACAGCACAGAACAUAGACCCAAAUUAGUGGCCAAUUCCAUAAAUAUUCGGCUGGUAAUGGCUUUGAGAAUUUUAAAUAAAAUUUCAAAAAUACUACGACACGAAAAUGUCUCAUCUAUUAAAACGUACCAAGAAGUCAUGCAUUAAGUUAAUGCGCAAAUUAUCAAACAAACAAAUUUUCCUAAAACGCUUGGAAGAAGAGGAGAUUCCAAACGAUGUGGACAUAUCAUUAGAGGCAAGAGAGAAGGAUGUCAAUCAAAAUGUGCAAAUUACACCAAAAAAGAGAUCAUCGUGUUAUAAAAAUCCCAAAAAGGAUGACCAUGAAGAGGAUAUCUCCAAGGAGAAUGUAAAAAAGAAAUUAGCCAUACAUUUUGAAGAAUUGAAUGGCGAGAAGCCCGUCCUACAAAGUUUAACCUCUAAACUAUUCCUUACCGCCGAUGGUUAUGAAUUUCGAAGAUUGCAACAAUUACGCAGUGAUACCGCCUCUGAAGUUGUACCCUAUGAUCCUCAAUUUAGUCGCAACACCAUAGAAGAGGAGAAGGAAUCGGAGGAGGAGGGAGAGGAGACCAAAUGCAAAAGGCCCACCUCUUUCAUAAACGAUGAGUAUCUAAAUGAUGAUGAGAGUCCCAAAAUUGAGGUUGUUUUCGAAAAAGUCAAGUACAAAGAAGAUGUGCGAUAUCUAAGACACACACCGUCCACCUGUAGCCUAGACAAUUACAUAACAAACGAUGAAGAUGAUGCCGACGAUAAGGAGAAUAUUUUGAAUACCACCAACAACACCAUUACAAAUACCUACUGCGGCAAUGGCAGUAUCAACCCAAACUGUCCACAAACAGAGAGAAAUGAAAGCGAUUUUAUCCACACCAGAGGCCUUGAAAUACACAACAAACUCUAUAUCCAUGAUGUAGAUGAGGAUUAUCGGGAGCAGGAUCAACCACAAUUCCAUAAUCAACAACAAUCAAAUCAUUUGCUUCCACCACUCAAUGUUAGUUUAGGUUGUAUCACCGAUGGCAACUACCAUCAGCUUUAUAUUGGCGAGGAGAGAGAUUAUUUUUACAAAUUGACACCGGUGGUUAAAUGGGACAUCAAUGGCAAUUCCCUGGAGGAUGAUGAUGAUUUUCCCACUUUCGAUCUCAAUGCCAAUGACUCGCCUGCAAAAUCAAGUUUACGUUCAAGCUCCACAACACUUGAGACCUGGUUAGAUGUGGAAUGAUGUGAUAAGCAGAAUGCCAUGGUGGAGAAAGAGCAGGAUGAGAACGAGGAGGAGAAGGAUCAUCUAAGAUGUUAUGAUGAUUGUCGCAUACAUUUUAUAUAAAGUGCCCUUAAAAAGUUAUCAUUAUGCCUAACUAAUCAUAUAGAUAUGUACAUUUAUAUUCUGCACAAGAUUCCUACUAAACGCCCUGUUUGGAAUAAAAACUACUUAAUUAUGCAA